GCAAUUCCAUCCUCAAAACGUAAAAGCAAAUUGGACAGGUUUUAGUCUCAGACUUGAACUUCGAAGGGUUUUAGUUCUUCGACUGCAGGAGCCAGGAGCGAGGAGGGAGGAGCCGCCAUAACGCCUCAAAGAUGCCUAAAUCGAAGCGUAACAGAGCUGUUACAUUAUCGAAGACUAAGAAGAAGGGAAGGGAUCACAAAGAAUCAAUCGUGAAUUCGAUAAGGGAUGCAGUAGAGAAUUACAACUCUAUCUACCUGUUCUCUUUUGAAAAUAUGAGAAAUCAGAAGUUCAAGGAGUUUAGAGAGCAGCUCAAGUCUACCAGCAGGUUUUUCCUUGGAUCCAACAAAGUGAUGCAAGUUGCUUUAGGCAGAUCUGUUGCUGAUGAAAUUAGACCUGGCAUUCACAAAGUCUCUAAGCUAUUGAGGGGAGACACUGGGCUUUAUUUCACUAAUUUGCCAAAAGAAGAUGUCCAAAGAUUGUUUGGAGAAUAUGAAGAAUAUGACUUUGCAAGAACGGGAACCACAGCUACGGAAAAGGUGGAGCUCAAAGAAGGGCCUCUAGAUCAGUUCACACAUGAGAUGGAGCCAUUCCUUCGCAAGCAAGGGAUGCCUGUUCGAUUGAACAAAGGUGUGGUGGAGCUUGUUUCUGACUAUGUUGUAUGUGAAGAAGGAAAUCCUUUAUCACCUGAGGCAGCUCGCAUACUGCGUCUGCUUGGGAUUAAGAUGGCUACAUUUCGCCUUCAUCUAAUCUGCCUGUGGAGCCCAGAUAAUUUUGAAUUGUUUAAAGAAGGGCUGGAAUUUUCAGACGUUGAAUCAUCAUAGGCCACUGCGAGCUGCUUGUUUGUGUAAACACUGGAGAUGUUCAUGCACCUGAACUGUAUGAAUGGUUAUAGAUAGUACUAGUAAGAUAGGUUAGAUGCUGGUAGUCAUGGUUAUUGGCUGGGGGGAAUGUUGGGUGCCCUGGUUGGGUCUGGUUGAAAUUUUGUUUUACUGUCUUUUCUAGGUGCGUGGCCCUGUAAUCUAUUGAGAUUGAGAGAUAAACUGGCUUCUUGUUCUCGUUCACAAAACUUAUUUUGGUCUUCAUGAGCAGAAUGGUUACUUUUGAGUAUCAAGCCUGGGGUUUGGUCAUUUUGAUACAAUGAAGAUAGUCUAUUUGGAGAA